AUUGUUUGUUGUUGAGGUUGUUCUUGUUACUUCUUACUUGUGUUUAUUGUUGAUUUCGUUUGGCAAAAUAAACAUGUUUUACCAUUAAAAUUAAGCCCCAUUGAAUUGAAUUGAAUUGAGAGAGAGAGUGAGAGAGAGUGUGAGUGUCUCUCUCUCUCUUCCUUCCUCUCAUCCUUCCUCUCGCUCUCGCUCUCUAACCCCAGCGUGAAGAGACCAGACAGACAUGGCUGCCACUCUGAAGGGAACUGUCGUCUCUCUUCUUCUUCUCUCCUCCAUUUCUCAAGGUGUCCAUGGCGUUGAAGUGUUCCACCGUGAAUCAGUGAGAGCUGUAGAGGGUCAGAACAUCACUCUACCCUGUCUACUAGGAGAGAAGGAGGGACGUAAGCCCGUCAUCUCUCAGGUAGAAUGGAGGAAGAAAGGAGAGCUAGAGGACCACAAGCUGGUAGUGUAUAACCCUAGUUUUGGUGAAACCCUCAUCUGGCCUAACGUCACCCUGGACGUGGCGUGGUACAAGGACAAGGACAAGCUAAUGGGCACAUCUCUGGUUCUGAAGGGCGUAGAGGCUAGGGACAGCGGGCGCUACAUCUGUGACAUCACCACCUACCCCAACGGUUCCAUCAGGAAAGUCACCAGACUGAGGGUUGAAGGUCCUGCUGACACUGUGACCCCCAGCACCAACAUAACUGAGUCUGCAGGUACCAGCACCAACGUGACUGAGUCUACAGGUACCAGCACCAAUGUAACUGAGUCUACAGGUACCAGCACCAACGUAACUGAGUCUACAGUUACCAGCACCAACGUGACUGAGUCUACAGGUACCAGCACCAACGUAACUGAGUCUACAGGUACCAGCACCAACGUGACUGAGUCUACAGGUACCAGCACCAACGUGACUGAGUCUACAGGUACCAGCACCAAUGUAACUGAGUCUACAGGUACCAGCACCAAUGUAACAAGCGAACUAACAGAGCCAGGAGAGAUGACAACCCCCACAGCUAACCUCAGCGUCACACCAGACACCCUCACCUCCUCUACCGUACAGGAAGUCAACACAGAGGCGAGACCAAAGGGGUCAGAGGUCAACAGCUCCACCGACAGUCCAGUCAGAGUCCCGUCCACGACCCAAUCAGGAUCCACCUAUCCACCCAAGGUCCAAUCAGAUCAGCCCACUCUGUGGAGCGUCCAAUCCGAUGGUAGGCAGGGGAACGAGUCUGAAUCAGAGACCCCCAGUGGUGGUGGUCAGGGGGGCUCAGUGUCCCCUACGUUAAACCCAGAGAAGAGCACCCUGGCUGGGGAGAAGGAAGACCACACCCUGGGGACCUACUAUACCUCCACUGCCUCCCAUGGGGAUGACGUGGUGAUUGAGACAGGUCCCAGUAGUGGUCAGAGGUACGUGGUGGUGUUUGUGCUGCUUCCUGUCCUGGUUCUGCUGCUCGUGAUCGGGUUCCUCUACAGACGGUACAUCAUCCAGAAGAAGAUGGACCUCCCUCCCCCCUUCAAGCCUCCUCCCCCUCCAGUGAAGUAUUCCUCUUUGAGAGCUGAUGAUGUCCCCAUGACCGACAUCCUCACCUGAAGGGGGAGCUGUUGUAUUUGUUUUAAUGGUUAAACGAAACGCUCCAUUGCUCCCCAUUCAUUUUAUAGUCAUACUUUAAUGUGCGCCCUCUGCUGUCAGAAAUAUAAAUGAGCAUUUUACUGUAAUACCUUUUCCGUACCCAUGCUGUGUGAUUUAAUGGUAUCUCUUUACAAAGCUGGACUUUGAAGCCUUUUCUUCUGUUAUGUUGCUAUGCGUUUUUUGGUUUUCAAGUCAAUGAGCUUUUACCAAAGAGUAUGAUAUUCAUUGUUACAGAAAUGUCUUUAUGGUUAAACUUUGGUGUGAAAUAAGGAAACCAAAAUAUUCUUUAUUAAAUUUGUAAAUAUUAUACUUUUUUUUUUAUACCAGAUAUAUUUUAUGAAAUUAUUAAGAUCGCAAUAUAAUGUAUCCAAUCUGUUUAAAUAAAGAUGUUGAACAAAUUG